AUUUAUUUAUUUAUUAAAACAUUUUAUACAUUCCAGAAAGCACACUGGGGACAGGCCAUGUAAAAGCAUGGAAUAUGGAAAGAGCUUCAGCGAACCUGGAGGUUCUACUAAACAUCAAAUAACCCUCAAUGGGGAGAGGCCAUAUGAUUGCAUGGAAUGUGGAAAGAGGUUCAAACAGAAACAUCAUCUCAGUGCACAUGCAAGAACCCACACUGAGGAGAAGCCACAUGAAUGUGUGAAAUGUGGAAGGAACUUCAAACAGAAACAUCACCUUAUUAUACAUGUAAGAACACAUACUGAGGAGAGGCCUUAUCAAUGCAAGGAAUGUGGCAAGUGCUUCAGCAAGAUUGGAGGUCUUACUAAACAUCAGAGAAUCCACACUGGGGAGAAGCCAUAUGAAUGCAUGGAAUGUGUUAAAAGCUUCAAAAGAAAACAUCAUCUCAGUGCACAUGCAAGAACCCAUACUGAGGAGAAGCCAUAUGAAUGUGUGAAAUGUGAAAAGCACUUCAAACAGAAACAUCACAUUAUUAUGCAUGCAAGAACACACACUGGGGAGAGCCCAUACAAAUGCAUGGAGUGUGGGAAGAGCUUCAGUCAGAGUGGAGUUCUUACUCAACAUCAAAGAACCCAUACUGGGGAGAGGCCUUAUCAGUGCAUGGAAUGUGGGAAGUGCUUCAGCGAGAUUGGAGGUCUUACUAAACAUCAGAGAAUCCACACUGGGAAGAAAAGCGAAAGCUGCAGCGUGGCUCCGAACAGCACGAAGGAGUCCUUUGCUCUGUCCUGA